AUGCGUGGCGUGUUCCUGACCAAGUCGGCGUGGCACGUGGUGAACCGGGAGACGUCGCCGACCUACGCGGACGAUCGCGCCAUGGACGACUACGUCAAUGCCAACAACAUCGCUUUCGGACAGAUGUUUCUCCACAUGGACGCAGACUAUCAUCACAUCGUCGAUGACUGUGAAGAGGCGUGGAUCGCGUGGGCGCGUUUGAAGAUGCUGCACGGCGGGUCGCAGAAGGCUGGACGCAUCUGCUUGAAGCGCCAGCUCUUCAGUAUGGAGAUGACAAAAGGCGGCAAUGUGUUGCAUCAUUGCAAUGAGGUCCUCAACAUCAGCGCAAAGCUCAGCAGCAUCGGCGCCAAGAUGGAGGACGAGGACGUGGCGAUCUGCUUGUUGCGCAGCCUCCCCAAGAGCUACGAGAACGUCGUUCUCAACUUGGAGAUGAGCAGCGCGGAACUGCGAUCGCGAGACGUCGUGAGAGUGCUCACGAAUGAGCAUGUGGUGAAUUCGAUCUCACAAAAUUGCUUGUAUGAGUGCCGAUCUUCCACUUGCCCAGACUUGCCGACUCACGGAGGGGGUACUCCGAUCCGUGCCUUGUUGUAUGACCUUGUGCUCACCUUGUGUACCCGUCGGUUGGGCUGGCUUGAGCUCUUCGUAACGGCCUUGGGAGAUGUCGAUCUCGCUGAGAGGUUGGGUUGA